AGACCAGAUAACCAGACCACACGACCAAACACACAUUUCAGCUACAAAUUAACACCAUUUCAUUCGUACCAUCCAGUUAUCCAGACAAGAACACCUUCCAAUACUAGAUCGAUGGAUAGGGUGACAAAGCUGUCGUCUGAAAAGGCGGUGGUGAUCUUCACGGCGAGCGAGUACCCGAUGUGCCACACGGUGACCAGCCUCUUCUCCGACCUCGGUGUGGCGGUGGCGGAGCACGAGCUGGACAAGGACCCCCGCGGCCGUGAAAUGGAGCGGGACCUCGCACGCCGCCUCGGAGGCCGCUCGCCGCCAGUCCCCGCCGUCUUCAUCGGCGGCAAGCUCGUCGGCUCCACCGACAAGAUCAUGUCACUGCACCUUGGUGGCAAGCUCGUGCCCAUGCUCAAGGCUGCCGGGGCCAUAUGGCUCUGAGAACGGCAUGCAUAUCAGUCGGUUCAUCGGAUUCUGCAUUUAGUAAAUUUUGCACUACUUCAAAAGAUGAGCAUAUCGAUCAUACAGUUGGAUCGAAGAGGGCGAGCACAAGAAGUUUUGUAUUGCCGCUAGCCAUAACCAUAAGAGUACCGUGUGUUCUCUAAGGGAUGACAUACAUUCAAGGUGUCUUCGAAUGAUAAAUAUAUUUGGUUUCCUGUUCCAACUGUUUUUUUAGAUGAUGUACUACCUUGGUCACAAAAUUCAGAAAUCCAGAGAACUACCGUGCGAUGA